UUCGUCCGGCGACGUUGCGCGUGCGCAGACCCGACUCAGUCAAGAACCGCCAGCGCACUGUCGCGGACCCCCCGACACUUUCCAAUUUCAAAAUCAGCUGAACGAUCGGCGCGAACGCGAAAUGUCAAAAUAAUUCGAACGUCGAAUCUAAACUUUUUUACUGUGACUGUGUUGUGAAUUGAUAACUUUUUUUUUCUAAAUGAUAAUUUGACAGUGUUAGUGAAAAUGCUGCAGCCUAGAUUAAUUUCCGGAUGUGAAAUGGGAGGGAAAAAGCUCGCCUGGAGCUUUGUGUGCUUCGCUGUUAUAUUCACCUCUCUAGUGUCAUGUCAAGAUUUAUCACAAGAAGAGUCAAUAGAAGCCACAAGAAUAAAAAGGGAGGGUCCAGAAAAUAGGGCGUUCAAUACAAAUGGGAUAGUAUACGACAAUUCACCGUGGAGACCGGGCAGAGACAUGGAAAUAGUUGACAGGCCUGUCAAUGAGGAGGACGACAGGAAACUGAAGAACCUGGCUACCAGGAUCAUGUCCAAUGGUGUCGAGGUUCUGGUAAAAGACAAGAGUUCUGACGGGAAGAAUGACCAGCGCAAACUAAAGUUCAUUCACGUCACAUCACUGAAACCGCCGCACCUCGCCAGUUCACCAUCACCCAAACAAUCACUUCUCUCAUCAGCCGUAGCCACGGUGGUGAACCACCAACACAUGAGCGCACUGUUCCCCCUUCAUCAACUCAUGCAGCACAACUACAUCAUCAAGACUUGCAUGACCACAUACACAUAUCUGACAACGGUAGUCCAAAACAAAAGAAGCGCGAUAUCCACAUUUGAAACAAUAGUGUCAGUUGUCACAACAGAAUCUUUGACCAACUUGUAUGCAUCAGACUUGAUGGCAGACAUAAAACCGACAAAAACAAAAUAUAUGGAAGUCAAGACUAUUCAACCGUCGACACCAAGCAAUAUGUAUGUCAGCAAUUUUCCUAAAAUUGACAAAAGAAUAGACAGUCAUGAGGAAGAUAAUUUUGAUUUGCUUCAACCGUCAGAAACAGGACAUGUACCAUGUACAACGUCCUGCUCGUGUUCGCAUACAAAAACAGAAGGUUUAAAAACAAAAUAUACACACUUGGGCCCUUCUUCAGCCUCAAAGUAUGGUUUAAAAACAUCUAAAUAUGGAAACAGCAAAUUAGAUUUGAGACCUACCAGUAAAGAAUCUCUUGACAAGAAAACUCACUAUGGCCCAUAUGAAUUUGAAACGUCUUCACAUGUAGCACCGACAGAUCGUAUUGUUGAAAAAUACACUGAAGUCAUUAAUGAUUACUCGGAAGAAAAUCCAAGUUCGGUUGAGGAAAGUGAAUUAUUAACUAACGAACAAGCGCCUGUAUCUGUAAAGGUAAAUAAAAUAUCUAAUAAGACGCCAGAAAAAAAUAAGCCAGAAAAAAUAAACAAACCAAAUAAAAACAAAUUUGUGGUCGCUGAUUUACUGAAACUUGGAUCUUUGGGAAUUAAAGGUUUAUCGCAGUUGGCACCAGUUAUUGAAAAAAUGACAGGUGGAUUUAUAAAAAGGCAAGAAAACAAAACAGUAACUACCACUACGGUAAAGCCAGCCGUCAAAAUAACUGCGUAUAACGUUGAUAAAAGGGUUGAUGCUGAUGUAGAUUUUAAACAAAAUAACUUUCCAAUUUAUAUACCAGUGGAUGAAAUGGAAACUUCAGAGUCUCAAAACAUAUUUACAAAUGCAACAUUACAUCAAAAUUUAGCGUGGGCGGCUGAACAUAAACAACCAAAGGCUCAUAUUGUUCGACCCAAGAUCGUCCAUGAAAGUCCAUUGGUGAAUGGCGGUAUACCUAUAAGCCCUGGUGAAAUAAUUACAGCAAAUUCUGAUGUCAUCGUUGGAAAACCUGCCGUUGGUGGGCCAUUAACUUUGGCAGCUAGCGGAAUUAAAUUACAUAAUCCCGUAAACCCCCCUCCAAUAGACAGUUUUGUUGCUGCUAAUGAAGAAUAUGCUGUUGAGGAAAAACCUCUUAACGUUCAAACUAUAUUAUCUACCAAAGUAGACGAUUCAUAUGAUUUGAGACCUCCAGAUUUACCUAGACUAAAGCCCAAACCACAGUCUAGACCCAGACCGUCUAACAUUACAUAUUUUAGUCAUCAAAAUUAUGGUUUAUCAAAUAAAAUGCCACAUCGGUUACCGUCUACAAUCCCACAUGUCUCAGAUAAUGCAAUGAAGACAGAACAUAUAAAAACAACUAAUGUCGUAUUAGGAAAUCAUGGGAGACCAGCAUUUCUAGAUUAUAUUCCCUCACUAGCUAAACCAGAAAAUAACUUACCUCUAAAACAGCAUAUUGACUUUUCAUCAAUCAAGGAAAAUACAGAUCAAGACGAAUCAGACAAUAGUGCUAGUUCGUCAGAAGUAAUAAAUACGCAUGUGAGAACUGAUGGAGAAUAUGCCAUAACUGGAAAUAUAGAUUCCACUAAACAAUUUUUAGUAGACAUUCAGCCAUCUAGAGUAGCUAAUGUUUUGAUACCACAUGGAAGCUCUACAGCUUUGGUUUUUGCUGGGUCAUCAGAACCUCAUAAAACUGGAGAUUAUGUGGAUGAUCCUCUUCCUUAUCCGGAACCGGGUUAUUUUGGUAGUUUCAGCAUAGAUGCCCCUCAAAUGACGAAUGUCCAUAACGUUGCACCGACAAAUAACAAACAGUUUGUAGCAAAUACUCAUAUUCAUCAACAUUUAGAUUCAUACAAACUAAAUGUUCCACUUCCACACAAAGAUCAACCGUUCAGAAACGAUAUAAAACCAAAGUGGAAAGAUUUAAAACGGCCUGUUGAAUUCAACAAAAUACCUCCACCAACGAGCAAUCAAGAGACUCAUGUUCACUUUGGCCCUCAAAUAACAUCCUAUGAUCCAGAUAUUUAUAAUCCGAACAAUGGAGAAUUCCAAAAAUAUAAUAAAUUGCGAGGAGAUAAGGUUAAAGAUGGAAAAGAGGUAAUAGAUAAAGAAUAUGAAAAUUAUUUGGCAGUACCACCGCUACCACCUAAACUUCUCCUUAAUCAAGAGAAAAAUCAGUAUGAUAAAAGUAAACCAUAUAACCAAAAACCAAUUGUCCAUACAAAACCCGUUCAAGAUAUGAAAGUAUUUUUAAAUAUUCAACAUCCGAUACCGAAUGCUCCGACACCACAACAACAGACUCCUAAAGUCACUUCUGAAAUUUAUUUCGCAGCUCAGGCUCCUAUCAGCAAACCUUCACCUACGUAUACUGUACAUAUACCACAUGGGACACCUUCACAUAACUCUUAUUUGCAUAAACCUUCAACGACAAAUACCCAACUUAAUACAUCUCCAAAUUCAAGCACUGGACAACUACAUAAUACAUUUUCUAUUAUGUCGUCAACCCCUACUUCAAACAAAUCUAUUGCAACAGGUUAUAUCAAUGAUCAGGAAAAUACCUACACAGUAACUUUGAAUACUGCUACUAAUGUAGCUAACAAUGUUGGAGAGGGCCAAGUAAUAGGAUCAAGCGUACCUGUUGAUAUUGUUUCAUCGAGUAAUAAUGAUGCAUUGAAUACGAAUAUACCAAUUGGCACAAAUUUUGCUAUUACUGUAGAUGAUGGACCAACGCCUUUUGAAAGUUAUAAUUUACAAGAAAACCAAAACCCUCCAACUGUUUAUGUAAACCAUCCACAUAGACCAAUUGAAGUUGCAGUUACAGGAGAUAAUAGAUGGAACAAGAGUACAGCGGCAGCUGCAGAAUUUAAACCGCAGCCAAGUAAUAAUCCACUCAAUGAUUACUAUGAUUAUAAAAAAUACGAAACAAAGCAGAUUCAUAAAGAAGUACGCCCGUCCGGCAUUCCAACAGUAAAUAGCCAUGCUAAUUUCCCAAUGAUAAAUGAUCAUCCUACAACAGGUCACGUAUUGGAAAAUAUGAAACCAGUAACGGAGUACCAAGAAGAAAACAAAAAUAGUGAGCAGAAACGACCGGCUAAACUAAUACCAAAUAUUCCAACUAAUUCUCAUGGGUGGUAUUCUAGUGUAAUAAUGAAUGAAAACAACUUGAAUAACAUUAAAGUAGAUUCCACAACAAGGAAGGGGAUCCCGUUGACAAAUGAGUAUAACUCGGAUAGUCUCCCAGAAUUUGGUCAAAAAAUAACUAGCGUUGGAAAACCACCUACGGAUUAUUGGGUGCAUAACAAUCAACCACCACAGGUGGUUGUUUCAAAUAUAAACGUAGGUAAACCUUUUACUAGACCUAGUACUGAAUCACCAGUUAUUAGAAAUACACCUGCUCCUACAAAGCAGUAUAGUAGUCCCAAUUAUAUACCUCAUAACUUCGAUAAUAUGAGACAACCUGCUUAUGAUAUCCCUAUAAGAGAUAACAGUGAUGAAACUACAACAAUAAGGGUUAUAACUUCUACUGAGAAGUUAAAACCUGUUUACGAAAAUUCUGAAGAAAUUUAUGAUGGAGAAGAGGAAGCUGAAAAUCUUGGAGAAAUCGAUGGCGAAGUUAGUUCAGAAUCGAUGAAAGUGCCAGUAGUAAGUUCUUCAAAUGAAGAUGAUGUCAUUAAAAAGCCUACUCCAACCAUUACUUUACUCCAAGAAGAAGCUUUCAAAGUACCAACAUAUCCUCAAAAAGAUGAAACAUCUGAGUUUAAUCCAGGAACACAAACCGAAAAACCUUUCAGAAAUAAAACAAAUACUAAUUUCCAGUCGAAUACCAUAAAACCAAUAUAUGAAAAUGAUUCCAACUUGAAACCCAGGCCAUUUACAAUUAAUGCAAUGACUUCAUUAGACCACCAACUGCAACAGCCGCAUUGGCAAAUAAAUCAGCUCAUGGAAAAUGCUACAAAUAUUUCUUAUGAAGAAAACAUUGAUUUGAAUAUGGGUGAAGAAAUAGAUACUGCGAUAUCGACUAAGAGACCGUCUACGCAUAAUGUUCCAUAUCGUCAUUCAACAUCAGAUAUGAAAUAUAAAAAGCCUUCUAGGCCGACAUUUGUUCGUCCUAACAAUUCUAAUAAUAUCAAUGAUUCCAAUAUUAUAACAUCAACUGUUCAUAUUAAAGAUAAGAAACCGUUGAUUGUUGAAAAAGCAAACGAUAAAUCAACUUUACCAACAUUUACACUACCCGCGACCAUAGAAUUGAAUAGAACAUCUAGUGAAAUCAUAGAUCUUUCGCCUCCCCCACCUACGAUGGACUACAGUUUUAGACCUUCCACUAACGAUGAAAUGAUUAUGGGUAUGAGCCCACCCCCACCACGGACUCCACCAGCGAUAAGAAUACCAUCGAGGAUUCCAUCAACUCCUCGUCCUAUAUUACCGGCAAGAACCCCACCACCUUAUAUUAACAAGCCUCGCAGAACCCUGCCUCCUAGAUUGCCUCCCACACAAAAACCUGUCAGAAAACCUUCAAACAGAGAUGAUGUGUCGACAUACAGGCCGACAUUUGAUAUAAAUAAUAUACGACGACCUAUAUAUAAUGAUCAACCAUCAUCACAGUUGUUGCCACCUCCAAAAGAAAUACCAUCGAGAAUAAACACUGUUAGCGAAUUACCAUCGCUAAUUGUUUCCGCCUCAUCUGUACCAAAUUUGGUAUUCCCUACUCCAAUUUCAUCAGGUUGGCUUACAUCAUCUGGAAUAGAAUUCUCAUCUAGUUUUAAUUUCGGACCAACAUCAAUACAAUUCCCCGAUAAAACAGCAGCUUCUAAAGUUCCGGAAUCAUUAGAAGACAGUUAUUCUUAUUCAUACGAAAUAGAACCAUCUUCUACUGAGAAGCUUCAAACUAGUUCAGAAAAACCAGCCUCUUAUAACAAUUUACCAACGUCAAAAGAAGUUACACCAAGUACGGAGUCCAUUGUUUCAGUUCAUAUUUCAAGCACAGAAGAAAAUGUGAGCGAUUUUCUGCCCAAUGAAUCAAGUCAAGAAGAAGCAUCCACUGAAAAAAUAAGGGGACAAGGUUUCAAGAACAGGCCAAGAAAACCAUAUCCAAUACGGCACGAUGAUAAAAAAUCCACAUCUACGAAGUACAAAAUACCUGUUAAGCCAACAGCUACAAUAAGACCAACAAGAACACUUAGUCGACCCGAAAUUUUAUAUCCAACAAGACACACUUCGAUCAGAAAAAUAGUUCGACCUAUACCAACAAGAUCGACAACAACUUCUUCGAGUAUAAUUGAAAGCUCUGAAUCGUCGAUUGAAGAUGAAUUUAUACAACCCACAGACGUUAUGAAAGAUAAUUCUAUACGUACUUCAGUUAACAACUUCUCACAUGUGUCAAUACAACCUCAAUCUAGUGUAGCUACUCCAAUUUUAAAUAAUGUUAUACCAAAUGUUAAAUCCACUCAUCAUAACGGCAAUGAAGUAAAGAUUUCCGAUGAUGCAAUUCCUACUAAGACUGAAUUCAAAACAACUGUCGUUACCCUGACAAAAACUUUAUCUGAACCGCCAAAAACGGUAUCAAGUAUAGGUUAUGUAAACUUAACACAUACAUUGACUGUCACUCACACAAAGACAAGUCUAGUCAGUUUAUCUGAAGGUGCUGUCACUCAGACUCUGGUGCUAACAAAUACUCAUACGUCUACAAUAAUAGAUGUAAUAACAGAAGUACAAACUCAAGUGCAACCAACGACCAUAAUCGAGACUGUAACUAAACAUAUUCCUGUACCAGUUGAGCCCACGCCUGUUCAAGAAGUAACUCUAAGUACUAAAGCUCCUCUUGAUGAUAUUUCUAUGUCUUCAGAAGAAAAUGAAAAUCUGAUCACAAGGGAUAAGGAUACUAAACCAGUGCAAAACAUUGAAACUGAAGGAGAAGGUGAUAACGAUACGUUCUUUGUAGUGAUGAAUAAAUCACAGAAUGGUGGAUCAGCACCUCCUGUUAGUGGAGAUAUAGAAACAGGCGAUUACGAUGGAGUUACGAGAAAUGAACAAGUUAAUAGCAAUGGAGUAUCUCAAGUAUUGUUUGGAGAAAUACUUCUAGCUGGAACACCAUAUUUGGAGACAACUAAUGUAAACCCGGGCGUUACAUAUGGCAAGGAGUGUCAGCCAGAUUGCAAAGCAUCCAGAAAUGAAAGGUGUCAGAGGAUAGAUGGCCUGAUGAAGUGUGUUUGUAGACCUGGAUUUGCUAGAAUGUUCCCAGAUCGACCAUGCAAACCUACAUACACGUACUCCGUGAAGUUAGCCUUGGGUUCCCAAGGCAGGGAACGGCUGUACUUCCACGAGCGUCUCUCAGACAACUCCAGCAAGGAGUACCUGGCCUUGGCUGUGGCGACCCACGAGGGCAUCAACCGCAUGGUCAUGCAGUCAGACCUGAGAGACGUCUUCCACGGAGUACACAUCACUGGCUUCUCUCCUGUGCAAAUGAAAGACCAGAACGGUGAUGGUUACCAGGGAGUCAUUAAUAACUUUUAUGUUCAGCUGUCAGACAAUGCUCACGAGAGCCGGCUGAAGGAGGUGAUAGAGAAGUACCUGCGAACCAACAACUACAGCCUCGGAGGGACGGAGGUCCACGCCGCUGGCGAGCUGGUGGAUAGACUAGAAGUUAACGAUUUCGACGAGUGUACCAGCGGGCAGUUCCACGAUUGCUCGGAGCACGCGCAGUGCUUUAACCUGCGCGGGACGUACACGUGCAGCUGCCUCGAAGGGUUCGCGGACCUCAGCGUCAAUACUCUGUACCCUGGCAGGAUCUGUUCUGCUGAGCCAGUGGGUUGCGAGCGUUGUAACUAUCACGGCGCGUGUUACUCCAGAGACGACAGACGAGUUCUCUGCGAGUGCUUCCAAUGGUAUGCCGGCAGCAGCUGCCAGAUUAACCUCAAAGUGGUGCUGAUCUCGCUGGUGGUGGCGGGCGCGGCGCUGUCGGCGGUGCUGGCGGCGUGCGCGGUGGUGUCGUGCUCCAAGCGGACCCGCCCCGAGCCGCGCUCCAUCGUGGCCUGCAUCCAAUCCAUGCCCAGUUUACACCAGAGUAACAUGCCGUCGAAGCAGCGCGCAGAUCGUCGCGCUCUGAUCAGCGAGCGAGGAGAGUCGGGAGAUACAGCUAGCAUGCAGAACGCGUCCCUUCCGUACAUGCCUGCUAAGAAGCAGUCGUCAAGCAAGAAGUGCGUGGUGUCGGAGCCGCCCGCGCACGCGCCGCCGCCCCCUCCCGCGCCCGCCGUCAUGAUCCCGCGCGCGCGCCUGCACCCACACCAUGACAGUCGCGAGAAUAUAGCAAGAAAGAGAAGUCUCGAGCUGAGCAGCGAAGCCAAACUCAUCAGCUACCUCGAGUCAGGGACUGUCAUCCCCAAUGAUGAAAUGAGAAGAAAACAUAGUAUGGAGUCGUCAUACAGCGCGAACAAGGACAGACAUAACAAACAAGGAGCGCUCGUGUCAGCAGGGUUUAAGGUGUCGACUACUAUCAGACCAGAUGAGAGCGGGCUGAAGGACCGUGACGAUAUGUCUUCGAUACACAAGGCAGACCUUGAAGCGGAGCUCUCCAGAUACGACACUAUGAGGAAAUCUUACAGCCAAGAAGACAUAUCAGAGUGGACUGAUGCUGAGAGGCGUAUUGGUGAAUUGACGUUAUCAGAAGCCCGGUCAGUAGGCGGGACACUUCCAGCCAGCACAGGGAGAGCGGCUUCUUCCACUCGUCUUACUCAUCAGGAGGCUAACACGAUGGCAGAACGCGACCUGGGCUCCACCUUCCUUCUGCCGCACGUCCACCUCUACAAACCGGAUCUUACCAGUGACGUGUCAGAGUUCGACUCCCUGUGAAAACGAGAAUCUCUCAGUCAUAACUGUAUUCAAUAAGAUUCAUUUUAGCUAAUCGCUGAUCACAUUAAUUAUCUAAAAUGGUGAUACAUUUACCACCAAAGUGACUUAUUUCUAUUUAUUUAUAUUUAUUUUUUGUUUUUUUUUUUGUUUUUCUUUAUUUAUGUUACAAUAAUUUUAUAUGAAAAAUACAAGCACUACCAACAAAAACCUAAUAUGUUCAUACAUGGUAAGGCGAGUCACUACUCAUUACAGUUUUACUCAGUUAAUAUAUACUUUCUUAAGCAAAUUAAUGCUUAACAACUAGAUAUUAACUGAGUUUGGCAUUUGGUUGUACUGGUUUCUAAAUUAAUUAAUGGUUGUUGAUUUUUUAAAAAUACUUAAUCUAAGUAAAUAUUGGAAGGCCUGUGAAAUAUAAUGAUCCAUUAAUUUAUAAUAUUUUAUACGAACCAACCCACGAGUUUUAGAUCAAAGAGAAUUUCUGUUUUUUUUUUUUGUCAUUAGCACGACGAUGUAGGCUUAAAAUAAGGCUCAGAUUUGUUUUAUACUUUUUUUGUUAUAUUCUUUUAAAAUCUAUCAGUAAACGAAAUUGAAAUGCCAUAGUAAAAAGUAAGCUAAGAAUUAGAAUGUAAGUUUCGUGAAAAUAAUUUGAAUGAGAAAUCACUGUAAAUACUCAUUAGAUAAUUAUUUAUUUAUUAAUGAUAUGAUUUCUCAUUUGAAGAGUUUUCGUUUAGAUGUUUUUUGAUACAUUUUUAUAUCGCAUACAUAAAAUGUGAGAAUAUAAU